AUGGUUUGCCUUGCUUCCCCUUUUUCAGUGCUAUGGUUUAGCAAGCAGGCAACAUUCCUGCAGCUUGGGUUCCAACUACUAGUCUGUCCAGGUAGGAGCUACUGUUCCCAUAAAUAUUUUUCUGCACCACCACCAGAAGGGAUCAUCCUGUUUGGCAAGAACAAAGGCUGGAGGCAUAAAACGGCUGCAAGGCAACUUUAUUUGUCCCUGUAAGUACAUUCUGUUUGUAUUUUAAAGGUUAUACUAUAAAAUAAGUGUACAGACCUGUCUUUUCACAUUCUGCAGAAGCUCAUUUUCCCAACCAAAGAGGGGUUUUUUGUGGUGCCCACUCUUUGGAAUACUCACCCCCCCACACACACACUGUUGUGCUGGCUACUGAUACCAGUCAUUUGUCAAACUUUUUAAGUUGAAUUUUAUACUGUUAAUGGUGUUGGGAUUAUUUUUAUUUUUAUUUAUUUUAAUUGAUUUAUUGUAAACUGUCUUGAUAUAUGUUUGUAAUAGUCUCUGUGUGUGAUACAUACUGCUUUCAGCAGAUGAAAGCAUGGAGUCCCAUUUAGAUACCAAGUAUUGAUACUCUUCAAUAAACAGAGGAAUUAAUGAUCAACCUCUGGAUUAGGAGAUUAGUAUCUACAAUGAAUUGGCAGCAUAAUGAACUGAUGAAUUUGAGUUAAGUAAGAGUGAACAUGCGAUGAAUGUUCUCCUUUGGCUUUUUGUAUUAGAAACAUUAAUUUGCGGCAAUAGAGUUCCUAUAAAUGUAUUACUCUUGGGGGAAAAUCAAUUAGAAUGAAUAGUCGGACAGUUAAUUGGGGGUUUUUAAGUUUUGUUUAGCUGAUUGCUAAACAUAGUUAUGGUUUAUUUAAAUGCUGAUUGUCUAAGUAAUGUAUUGAAAUGUGCCUCCAGUUGAUUUAAUGAAGUGUGGAUUGUUUAAUUGACUAGCUUUUGUAGGAAUUAAUAACUUUUUUCAAUGGAUUAAGGUAUAUUAAUUUUGUAUAGGGUUGUAUCCAAUGGUUACUUGGGUAGAAGGUCUCCUGUGCAACCAAUCUUUCCCUUUCUUUUUGAAAAGUAUCUGUCCAGGACAGUGUAGGUUGCUUUACUACCUUUUGUUUCUACAGGGGAUAAGUGUCCCGUGUAGUCCUCCUUGGAAUCAAAAUUAUUCUCAGUGGUUAUUUCAGACUUACAUAGGAUGACUUGGAUUGCCCCUGCUUACUCUAGGACAUUUUUUCUUCAUGUCUUUUUAUCAUCAUAACUUACUUUGCACUUAUUUCCUUACUUUGUAUUUCAGACAGGGAAUAAUUUAUCUCCUAUCCCACAAUAAACCUUAA